AGCCUUAUUUAUUACAUACCGAAGUAUAAAACCGCCUGGCCGGCUGCAAGUCUCAUCUGCAGCCCUGGCACUUGCCCGAAGAGACCACGGCAGCUGGAGCCCUAGCCGUCUUCUCCGGGAGGCUCUGUGGCUCUGUUGGGAAUCAUGCUCGGAAGGCAGCUCGUCUGUUGGCACCUGCUGGCUUUGCUUUUCCUCCCUUUUUGCCUGUGUCAAGAUGAAUACAUGGAGGUGAGCGGAAGAGCUAAUAAAGUGGUGGCGAGAAUAGUGCAAAGCCAUCAGCAGACUGGCCGUAGCGGCUCCAAGAGGGAGAAAGUGAGAGAGCGGAGCCAUCCUAAAACUGGGACUGUGGAUAAUAACACUUCUACAGACCUAAAACCCCUGAGACCAGAUGAGCUACCGCACCCCGAGGUAGAUGACCUAGCCCAGAUCACCCCAUUCUGGGGCCAGUCUCCACAAACUGGAGGACUGCCCCCAGACUGCAGCAAGUGUUGUCAUGGAGACUACAGCUUUCGAGGCUACCAAGGCCCCCCUGGACCUCCUGGUCUCCCUGGCAUUCCAGGAAACCAUGGAAACAAUGGCAAUAACGGAGCCACUGGCCACGAAGGGGCCAAAGGAGAGAAAGGAGACAAAGGUGAUCUGGGGCCACGAGGGGAGCGUGGGCAGCAUGGCCCCAAAGGAGAGAAGGGCUACCCGGGGAUCCCACCAGAACUGCAGAUCGCGUUCAUGGCUUCUCUGGCAACUCACUUCAGCAAUCAGAACAGUGGGAUUAUCUUCAGCAGUGUCGAAACCAACAUCGGAAAUUUCUUCGAUGUCAUGACCGGUAGAUUUGGGGCCCCAGUAUCAGGUGUGUAUUUCUUCACCUUCAGCAUGAUGAAGCAUGAGGACGUUGAGGAAGUGUAUGUGUACCUCAUGCACAACGGCAACACGGUCUUCAGCAUGUACAGUUAUGAAACAAAGGGGAAAUCAGAUACAUCCAGCAACCAUGCAGUGCUGAAACUGGCCAAAGGGGAUGAGGUUUGGCUGAGAAUGGGCAAUGGCGCUCUUCACGGGGACCACCAGCGCUUCUCCACCUUUGCAGGCUUCCUGCUCUUUGAAACUAAGUAAAAGUAUGAAUAGACCAGCUCCACUUUUGGGAAGACUUAUAGCUGAGCUGGUAUUGUCAUGAUGAGGGACUUUAGAUUUGAUGGUUCUACAUGUUGUAUUAAAAAAAUGUUUUUAUUGGUUACAUUGCUAAUCAUACUACAGGUACAUCAGUAAUGUGGGAUGACUCAGGAGCUCAGAAGAAUAAACCACAAAACAGUCUUCCCAAGUGACCUUGACUAAUAUACCCAGCAACCUUUAUCACUCUUUCCUAGGCACCUAAAAGAGAGUUCCCUUCUUGAUACAGGUUGGAAAUAAUUGUUCCCAUCAGAGAAGUCAUUUGCAAAGAGUAUUGGCGGCUCUAAUAGCAACAUUCAGGAACCCCUGAGG